CCUCCUUCUCGACGUUGGACUUCUUGACAUUCUUUCCUCUCAUCCUCUUACGCCAACAUCUUACAACAAAACAAACUACUUUGAGAAACACUCACCAGCACAAGGCUGCCACCAACGAGAACAACAAAAAAAAUCCCACCACCACCACCACCACCAUAAAAAUGUCUUCCCCCAUCGUCCCCAAGCGCGCUCCCACCCUCAAGAUCGCGCUCGGCGAGUCCAGCUUCUCCUUCGACCGCUCCUCGUCCGCCGUGUCCCCUUCAUCGGCCACCAAGCCCAGCCCUGCCGCCUGGAGCAUCGAGCAGCCUCGCCGCAAGUCGUCGAGCGGCUCGUCCUACGCCGGCUCCUACCAGGGCACGCGCUGCCACUGCUGCGGCACCAUGUUUGUCAUUAGCAACAAGUGCAUCAACCGCCAGUGCAGCCACGUCUCUUGCGAGCAGUGCGUCUAGAAACUUUUUUAAGACCAACGUCUGCGCACAACGGCACUUUUUUUAAAAAAAAAACACCAAAUUAUCUCCACCCCACCUACCUACCUACCUUCGGCGUGAAAACAUGCCUAAUAAUCGACUGCACAUGCAACCAUCGGAUGCUUGAGAUAUAGAUCCGAUCCCAGCUUAUGCACGUCUAUCCACCUCGGGCCUUGGAACAUAGGCUUUUCUCAACGGCAGAAAUGUCUUGACAAAAAAACCCUCCUCCUUUUUACACCACCUUUUUUUUACACCAACUCGUCGAUUUUGGUCUUGCUGGAUAUCCUUGGGCACUGUUUGUUUGGAGUUUGCAUGUCUCGGGGAGACUUAUUUUUAUUCUUGGCACUUGCAACCAACAAAAGUUUUGCCACGAACGAAGCGAUAUCCUCAUUUGUUUUACGGGUUUCUUGUUUUGCUGGUUCUGGCGGAUUGGGAAUGAUUUGAUACCCCCCAGAAUUCUUUUCCUUUUAUUGUUUCGCCUCUUGUUCUUUGUAUGUAGCAUUAGGGAUUGCUUUUUUUUUCUCUUUUUUUACAACAGUUCAAUACCAAGAAAAUCAUUAAACCAAAACCGUUCCUUGAUCUAGUCCAAAGCCAAGCUACACAUGUCCCCCCUAAAAGACAAGUUCGCACAUGAAGCCGCCAUCCGUCGUUCGU